AUGACGUCUUCUGAUUUCCCGUAUCGUCAUGCUGGAUUAGCCUUGUCCGUCGUGUUAGCACUCAGUUUCUCCCUACUCCCGUCCACCCCCAUCCACCCACCUCAAAAAGAGGCAAUUACUGUGGCCACUCUGCUCCCCUUUCCCAACAAGAUCGUCUUCACGUCGUGUCGACGGUGUGGCCUGGGCACAAGGAGCGCUGAUUGGGAGAUACCAAUUGUAAAUUGCCAGUUUCGGGUUGCCCUGACUGCCGGAAUAGCGUGGCCUCUUGUUGCUGGUCGCAGUGACGCGACACCCGAAACCGUGAACCGCAGGCCAGUCGGACAGCGACUGAUAGCGAGUCUGCUUCCACCGAAUAACCGGUUUUCGUCCACUCUCGGCCAAUCAGGAAGGCCCGAUUCGAGUCCCUCUUGCCGGGACUCGAGCUCGUCCCGGGCCAUCCUCAAAAAAGGGACUCUUCUAACCUGCCUCUUUGCAGGUCCAUUUUUCUACAGUCACGAAUACUUGCUCAACCGUUCAGCCCCACGUCUAUCCAACCAUCCAUUCAUCCACCUUCACACCCGGCCAUCGCCUACUCAGCCAACUCACUCAUCCAUCCGUCAGUCCAUCGAUGCAUGCGAAGACAUGAGGACACCGCGGCGUUUAUGCUCACAGUCUGUCUGCGUUUUGCCCACAUAUGCUCACACAUUUAAUUUAUUUGCCUCAUCGGCAGCAUGUGAUCCUCAAGUAGGCCUGGGCAGGGAUGCGACGAGUUGUGGAGGUGCAUGCAAAAAUGCGUGGGCGCAUGUGUGUAAGGGCUGGGAUAGAGGGGGACUGGAGUCGGCCUCUGAUUGGUGCAGACGGGGGCACAUACAGAAAGCGGAAAUGGGCAGCAGAAGAGAAGGCGAGCAGAAGAAAAAAGACGUCCAGAGUGUUCUUGGGUCGGUCACUCGAGCACAGGUGCGCUCAGCUGAUGGCAAUCUGAUAGCGACGCCGCCCGCCCCACCCGAGGGCUGUGGAGGGUGGGACGAGACGACUGCUCUUUGGCAGGAAGGCACGGUAGCUCAAGCAUACCGGACGGGCAAGAGACAGGCUUUUGCGGAUCCGACGGGAAAGGAGGACUCAACAACCCGAACCAGCCGGACCCAACACGGAGCUGACGAAGUAGGCCCAUCCAUACACAUCCACACACAUCCACACACAUCCACACACAUCCACACACAUCCACACCCGUCCAACCCCCCUCAUUGCCACGGUACUACUUGCCGACUGGCCUAUCGGCGCGUCAUGGUUGGGUUAUCAGAUCUCGCUCAUCUGGACGGACUCGCGCGGCUCCGUCGAGCCAUGAUGGAUGAUGACUUGACAAGAAGGAAGGAACGGAUCGUCGGCCAUUUGCAUACACUCACGCGAAUAUUUGCACCUCGCGGAGGAUCGCAGAUUGGCCCGAUCGUGGCACAGCGCGAAAUCUAA